UUCAUGAGUGAGGCCAUAAUGAAAUGCUUAAGAUGAAUAUACACUUCUUUCACCAGGACUGUCACAUUGCUGCCAUGGCAAAGCUCUUUGAGUCCAUUGGAAAGCUGGGAUUGGCCUUGGCCAUAGGAGGAGGUGUAGUAAACUCUGCACUUUUCAAUGUGGAUGCAGGACACAGGGCGGUCAUCUUCGACAGGUUUCGAGGUGUUCAGGAAGCUGUUGUUGGGGAGGGCACUCACUUCCUAAUUCCCUGGGUGCAGAAGCCAAUCAUCUUCGACUGUAGGUCCCGUCCACGCAAUGUGCCUGUCAUCACUGGUAGCAAAGAUUUGCAGAAUGUCAACAUCACGCUGCGAAUCCUUUUCCGACCAGUUGCUACACAGCUGCCGCGGAUUUUCACCAGCAUCGGAGAGGACUAUGAUGAGAGAGUGCUGCCCUCCAUCACCACUGAGGUCCUGAAGGCUGUAGUGGCCCGUUUUGAUGCGGGUGAGCUCAUCACUCAGAGAGAGCAUGUGUCCAGGCAGGUCAGUGAGGAUCUGACAGAAAGAGCAUCCACCUUCGGCCUCAUUCUUGAUGACGUCUCCCUGACACAUCUGACAUUUGGCAAGGAGUUCACAGAGGCUGUCGAGAUGAAGCAGGUUGCACAGCAGGAUGCUGAGAGAGCCAGAUUUGUUGUAGAGAAGGCAGAGCAGCAGAAGCAGGCAGCCAUUAUUUCAGCUGAAGGAGACUCCCAGGCUGCGCUGUUGAUCGCUAACUCUCUGCAAGAAGCUGGUGAUGGCCUGGUGGAGCUGAGGAAGCUGGAGGCAGCGGAGGACAUCGCCUUCCAGCUCAGCCGCUCUCGCAGUGUUACCUACCUCCCAUCUGGACAGGGAGUGCUCUUUCAGAUACCACAGUGAUAGGGAAACUAGACACACACACACUUCACUUCUUCUGCUCUAAGUUUGGCUACUUUCGGAACUGAUAAUGUCUGUAGAACCCAUGAAACUAUCUAGUCAGCUUAUAGGCAGAUUUUUAAGAGACAAAGAUAGCUUGGUUUUUUUUUUCUCUUUAGUCCGAGAGUUGUCUUGCUCUCUUUAAAGUAUGGACCUCCACAAGGUGCUUUCAGCAGUUGGAAUGAGUGAAGGGGAACCAAGGGGAAGAGUCUCUAUAUUUG